AUGACUGAAGAAGAAAAAGAUGCCAUAGAUUUCGUCCGGACAGAAGCAGAUGCUAUUGGCUGUGAAUUUAAAGACCUAUUUGCAUGUGUUGAUACUGAAAACUGGCCAUUCCUAAGUGACCUUACAGUUGAUGUCACCUGUCACAUCCGAUUCCUCAUCCAAGAAUGUAACAAACACAUUUGUGAACCACCAGCUCAUUUCGUUCAGCAACAAGAGGUUGUGAUGGGGGAAUGUGCCAAGCUUGCUCAAAGAGUUGAAAGUGUGUACAUGUCCACCAGAGGUAAAACAGCAAGGGUACCCCUAAUCAACCAACUGGUUUACUUGGGCGAGUCAUUCAGUCGGUUCGUUGACUUGGCUCUUGGACUCCUGGUACAGACUAUAGUAUUUGGUCUAGAACUCACCGCUGAUGUCCGAAACCUGUUGCUGGCCAUUAGUGAUGUCAUCAGUCUUGGAAUGGAGGGAGAUCACAUGUGUUACAUCCUUGUACGGGAAGGUGUGAUGCAGUCCUUAUUUAACAUAUGUAAUAUGGAAACCUUACUAAAAGUACGAGCCCAGGCAUUGAGAGCCAUUUCUACCAUAUGUUGUAUUCCAGAAAGUAUACAAGAACUGGAAAAGGUAGGUGGCCUGGAAUGUUUGACAGACAUUUUAUCAGACAAAGCCCAGGGUGAAGAGGUGCGAGGGGAAGCCGCGGGAGUAGUUGCUCAGGCCACGUCACCUGCCCACGAACAUCACUUACCUAUGGUUGGACUCAUCGACAACAUGAACGACUUACUGAAGACCUUAAUAGAUCUCUGUCACACGGCCAUAUCCAAUGAAGUGUUCCUACUGGCCUCUGCUGCCAUCGCCAACAUCACCUUCAUGGACAGCAAUGCCUCCGAUAUCCUCCUCUACUUAAAGGCACCGUCCGUUCUCCUGCAGUGUUGCUUACUUAACAAAGCUACAACCAUUUUCGCUAAAGACCAG